UAGUUGAGAUACGAAAAGGGCGGGAAACAGUCAAGCCUAGUUUAGCUUCCAAUUUCCAAAUCAUCUUGCUAAAUCUCUUAUUUUCACAUAAACCCUAAAAAUUCUGGGAAAAUGGAAUCCGAAACAGAAGCAAGACAUUCAUGCUUGAAACUCGAAUUAACACAAGAUUCUUCCAAUCAAACAAUAUUCGUAAAGGGGACUUGGUUCCCUUCUCGUUUUUCUCUCUCCAUCACCGAUGGCUACGACUCUUGGCUAUGCACUGCAUCGGAGGAGGAUGUGAGAGAGAGAGCAAGCCAGUGGGAUCAAUCUGUUUCGGAAUACAUUGAAUUUGCAGAAAGGUAUUUAGGGUUUCAACAGCCUGGUUCUGUUUAUCGUUUUACUGAUGCUGGAAAUGGCCAUAGAAGGCUGUCAUGGACAUUUGAGAAGGAAGGUAUUAAGCUGGAAUGGAGAUGGAGAUGUACGCCAUCACCAAACAAUAAGAAUACAACAGCAGCUAUAUUGGACUUUCUCAUGGAUGCUAACAUUAGAUUAAGUGAAGAAGUUGUCAAAAAGACCGAGUCUUUUGAGCAGCUGAAAGAAGAAGCACAUAAAUGUUUGGUACAAAGCGAAAAGUUGAGCACCGAGAAAGAUGAGUUUGAAUCAGAAGUAUAUGCAAAGUUUGUGAACGUGCUGAACUCAAAGAAGGCAAAACUAAGGGAGCUUCGUGAUCGUCUUUCAAAACAAGAAGCGAGAGGGAAGUUGCCAGAGGAAGAGGAUGUUUCUGGUGACGAAACGGAACAAUCUAAAAGUGAAACUGAUGAUGGUAGUGAAGAAACAACUGAUUAAGAAACUUCGAAAGAUGCUUCACCGAGUAAACCCCCUGCUAAAAAGAGGAAUACACCACCUAGGAACUCUUGUUUGGCUGUCUGUUAAUUCUAGAGCUUGUUUGACUGCAAUGCUCUUUUAGGCUGGGUACUUAAUCUCAUUCUCAUGUUUGGCCUUCUGCAAACUAUGCUGCAUUUCAAUUCACCCUCCUAAAAUUACGUGUCGGUUAAACUAUAAUGUUUUAAUUAAAUAUGGAGGGACUAUCAGUUGUGGCAAUGUAAUCUACAGUGAAGAUAAAUUAGUGAUGACGAAUUCGAUUGACUUGUAUAUGAGUGAACUUUUGAUUUGGCAAUCUUUGUAUUUUAUAAGUUAGAAAUUACAUGAGCUAGUUUGUUUGAA